AUGGCGCGGCGGACACGGGACACAUUCUCCGCUUUGACGCCGAGCGCACGCGUUGCUUUCCGGGAUAAACACCUUUGGUUUCACAGGGGCUUGUUGGCGUUUUCCUGGAGCUUCGUUUUUAUGUGUUCAUGGGGAUAUUGCAGAGCCGAGACGGAGUUUUCUAUCCUGGAAGAGGCGCAAGUUUUGGCAGAACAGAUGAAGAAGCUUUCCUCUCAGGAGCUGGGAGUCUUUACUAUGCAGAGGAUUUUCAACUCGUUUGUGUACACCGAGAAGACAUCAAACGGAGAGACAGAAGUGCAGCAGUUGGCCAAAAAGAUUCGGGAGAAGUUUAACCGCUACCUGGAUGUGGUGAACAGGAACAAACAGGUGGUGGAGGCAUCGUACACCGCUCACCUUACGUCUCCACUCACUGCGAUACAGGACUGCUGCUCCAUACCGGCUUCUAUGAUGGAGUUUGAUGGAAACUUCAAUACCAACGUGUCCAAGACCAUCUGCUGCGACAGACUUUCUCCAACCGUCAACAGCCGAGCCUUCAACCCCGGACGAGACCUGAACUCAGUGUUGGCAGACAACCUCAAGUCCAACCCGGGGAUAAAGUGGCAGUACUUCAGCUCAGAGGAGGGCAUCUUCACGGUCUUUCCCGCCCACAAGUUCCACUGCAAGGGGAGUUACGAGCACCGCAGCAGGCCUGUGUAUGUGUCUGCAGUGCGUCCUCAGUCUAAACACAUCGUGGUGAUGGUCGACCACGGAGCAUCAGUAACCGACACCCAGCUUCAGAUUGCCAGGGACUCCGCACUGGUCAUCCUCAACGCUAUCGAUGAACACGACAAAAUCUCCAUUCUCUCGGUGGCAGAGACAGUUCGCUCCUGUUCUCUGGACCAGUGCUAUAAGAGUCUGCUGUCUCCGGCGACCAGUGAGACCAAGAGGAAGAUGAGCACCUUCAUCUCCAACAUCAAGGCGUCUGACGGCUUCACGCAGCACGCGGCGGGUUUCCAGAAGGCCUUCCAGCUGCUCAGAAACACCAGCAGCCUCAGCAAACAGAGCACCACGACAGACAUGGUGAUCAUCUAUCUGUCGUCCGGUAUCACAUCUCGGGACUCAUCGGAGCAAGAAAAGAGAGCGACGCUGAGUGUGGUCAGAGAGGAGAACCGCCACCUCAACAACUCCGUCAUGAUCCUCACCUAUGCUCUCAUGAACGAGGGUGUAACAGGCCUAAAGGAGCUGGCCUUCCUGAGGGACCUCGCCGAGCAGAAUUCAAUGAAGUACGGCGUCGACCGAAUGUCCGACCGAGACCGGUUAGCAGCGGUGUCCUCUGGGUCACCAGGAGCAUCCAUGAUGCCCGUUGUAAAGGGUAGCAUGAUGGUGCUGAACCAGCUGAGCAACCUGGAGACGACGGUGGGCCGCUUCUACAUCAACCUGCCCAACCGAAUGAUCGACCUGGCUCGUUUCAGUUUGCCCUACGCUGACCCGAUGGGAGAUGGGUUUAUUAUGACUGUGAGCCGGCCGUGUUAUUUCGGUAACCUGCUCCUGGGCGUGGUUGGCGUGGACGUGAACUUGGCCUACAUCUUGGAGGACGUCACCUACUACCAAGACUCUCUGGCUUCGUACACAUUCCUCAUUGACAACAAAGGUUACACCCUGAUGCACCCGUCCCUGACACGGCCCUACCUGAUGACGGAGCCCCCCCUGCACACAGACAUUAUCCACUACGAGAAUAUCCCAGGAUUCCCUGUUGUCAGACAGAAUAUUCUCAGCCUUCCUUUGGGCAGCCAGGUUAUCAGUGUUCCGGUCAACUCCUCUCUGUCGUGGCAUACAAACCGACUCAGAGACAACAGCAAAGACGCGUACAACGUCAGCUACGCCUGGAAACUGGUUCAGGACACGUCCUUCAUCCUGUGCAUCGUCUACGUGCAGCCAGAAAUCCCAGUGAAGCAGCUGAAGAACCUGAACACCGCCCCCAGCUCUAAGCUGCUCUACCACCGUUUAGACCUGCUGGGUCAGCCCAGCUCCUGCCUGCACUUCAAACAGCUCGCCACUGUCGAGUCUCCCACUGUGAUGCUGGCAGCUGGGAGUUUCUCGUCUCCCUACGAACACCUCAGUCAGCCUGAAACCAAGCGCAUGGUGGAGCACUACACCGCCUACCUGAGUGAUAACACCAGGCUCAUAGCCAACCCAGGCCUCAAGUCCUCUGUCAGGAACGAGGUUAUGGCGACCAGUCACGUCACGGAUGAGUGGAUGACACUAAUGGAAAUGAGUAGCCUCAACUGCUACAUUGUGCGCCGUUACAUAGCAACGCCCAGUGGGGUGCUCCGGAUUUACCCAGGAUCGCUGAUGGACAAAGCCUUCGACCCGACCCGCAGACAAUGGUACCAGCAUGCUGUGGCUAACCCGGGUCUCAUCACCUUUACGGGCCCGUACCUGGAUGUGGGCGGGGCCGGUUAUGUUGUUACCAUCAGCCACACCAUCCAUGCCUCCAGCUCCCAGAUGGCCCCUGGUUAUGCAGUUGCAGUGAUGGGCAUAGACUUCACUCUACGCUACUUCUACAAGGUCCUUCUGGAUCUGCUGCCCAUCUGCAACCAGGACAAAGGCAACAAGAUCAGGUGUUUCAUCAUGGAAGACAGGGGGUACCUGGUGGCCCACCCCACCCUCAUUGACCCUAAAGGUCACGCUCCGGCAGAGCAACAGCACAUUACGCACAAGGAGCCGCUGGUGGCGAACGACAUCCUUAAUCAUCCGAACUUCGUCAAGAAAAACCUUUGCAACAGCUUCAGUGACCGAACCGUUCAGCGUUUCUACAAGUUCAACACCAGUAUAGUGGGGGAUCUAACUAACCUGGUCCACGGCAGCCACUGCUCUAAAUACCGCCUCACUAGGAUCCCAGGGACAAAUGCUUUUGCUGGUAUCGUCAACGAAACCUGUGAUUCUCUGGCGUUUUGUGCCUGCAGCACCGUCGACCGACUGUGUCUGAACUGCCACAGAAUGGAGCAGAAUGAAUGUGAAUGUCCGUGUGAGUGCCCCCUGGAGGUCAACGAGUGCACCGGCAACCUCACCAACGCUGAGAACAGGAACCCCAGCUGUGAGGUUCACCAAGAGCCGGUGAGUCUGAACGUGAUCGACCCCAGUCUACAUGACACCCUGCCCCAGUGCAUCAACACCCGCUGCAGCCAGAGAUACACCAGCAGUGACUGCUUCGGUGUGUUGGACUGUGAGUGGUGCAUGGUCGACAGCGACGGUAAAACACACCUGGACAAACCGUAUUGCGCGCUGCAGAAGGAGUGUUUUGGCGGCAUCGUCGGCGCUAAGAGCCCCUAUGUGGAUAACAUGGGGAUGCUAGAUGAAGACGUGGCAUCCUUGAACAUGAUAAAGAGCGCCCCAGUGGGUCCGGUCGCUGGGGGCAUCAUGGGCUGCAUUAUGGUGCUGGUUUUGGCUGUUUAUGCUUAUAGGCAUCAGAUCCACAGGCGUUCGCACCAGCAUAUGUCACCAUUGGCAGCACAGGAAAUGUCAGUGAGGAUGUCCAACCUUGAUAAUGAGCGAGAUGAGAGGGAUGACGACAGCCACGAAGACCGAGGAAUCAUCAGUAACACUAGAUUCAUUGCUGCUGUAAUCGAGAGACACACCCACACUCCUGAACGAAGGCGAAGGUACUGGGGACGAUCGGGGACGGAGAGCGACCACGGGUACAGCACCAUGAGUCCGCAGGAGGACAGCGAGAAUCCGCCCGGCAACAACGACCCGCUCUCGGCUGGCGUCGACGUCGGUAACCACGACGACGACCUGGACCUGGACACACCGCCCCAGACGGCCGCUUUGCUCAGCCACAAGUUCCACCCGUACCGGCACACGCACACGCACCACCACCCGCUGCACACGCACACGCACCACCUGCAGGCCGCCGUCACCGUACACAGCGUGGACGCCGAGUGCUGAUCCUCGCCGCAGCGUUUACCCUUCUGUCGGGGACGGAACUCUGUGAUUUUGGGUUGUUUUUUUAUUUGUAUUAACGACUGUUUUCAGCACUCAGUGGGUGCUGUCGGGACGGACGGAGACGAACUAAAAACCCACACUGUCACCGGAUCCUCGGCUUCACAGUUUUACUCCAACAUCUACAUCUCAUCCUGUGUUUUUUAACGAACUCGAACCCUUGAAAACGCGCACACACACGGAGAGUAAAAUAUCCUAGCUGGUAUCUUGUUUGUUUCCUGAAGGAUGUGGCAUUGAGGACUCUGUAAGAGCACAAACCAACCUUUCAGAGCAAACAAAGCACUGAUGAGCCCUUUUCGUUUGCCAGAACACAACUGGAACCCAAAAGCCUUGUGGGACACUCAUGUUUUUUUUUUAUACUCGAAUGCAAACGGCCAGAUCAAACACACACACUUGGACUAGUGGAUGCCUAAUGGGAACGUGGAGCUGGAUACGGACCCCUUUUUGCCCCCUCGGAGCUCCAUCUCAACCUCCUACUUGUCACGAAAGGGCAGAAAAUGGACCAGAGUACUCGAUACUUGUGUGACAAACUGACGGACGUGUCGGGUAUUUCCACCUCGGACACGUUUUCAGCCUUUCUUGUAGAGGCUGUUUUACCUGCGUAUAAAUGUCUGCAAGCUUCUUUCUCUGUAUGAAUCACCCUGUCUCAUUCACAUAUUAACAGAGGAGAAAAAAAAAACAAUAUAAAGAAGAAAAUAUUUUUCUACUAUUUAUUAAGAGGUAAAAAAAUACAGGACAGAUGAGCAAGCAGCUUCCUCUAAAACAAAUAACACUAGAACUCACUUCAAAAUACUGAUGCUUCUAGGGCUCAUUGUUUUCAGUUUUAUCCCCCACCCACCGCCACCAACCACCGAAAUAUCUGUGAAUGUGUUUAUUUUAAAAAUGUAAAAAUAUUAAUAACAUGGGCUGGACAUUUACAGCAUAAAAAUAUUCCAUCUUUUAUUUUUCAUCACGCUGAAGGAGACUCUGGUGCAUGAUGAGCGGCUCAUUUGCAUUCUUCACCAGAGAUUCCUGUUUACUAUAUCUGCGCGAUGAACAGUGUCUUCUUUUAGCAGAAAGUACAUAUUUUUGGAGGACCUCAAAUCUGAGUGAUAUUCAGAUCAGAUCCUUUCAAGGAAUUCUUGUAUUUUUGUUGAAUAUCUUUAAAAAACAACAAAAAAAAAAAAACUAAAACGAUGAGCCUUAAACA